GCGGGCGGGCGGGCGCCACCACAGCUGGCCGGGCCGCCCGUGGCUCUUCUCCAGGCCACAGAGAAGCCGCAGCCACCCACAGGGCCAGGAUGAAUCUGGAGGUGGGGAACGUGUCCUGCACGGGGGCGCUGGUGUCCUGGUCGUCGUCCGAGCCGUGCCUGGAGGAUUUCUACCACGUGGCCUACCGGCCCAGCUGGCAGAGCGUCUUCUCGGGCUACCUGCGUCACGGGCCGCAGCACGAGGAGAGGGUGCCCCGCGCCGUGGGCUCGCUGGCCCUGCGUCACCUGGCCCCCGCCACGCUCUACUUCCUGUGCGUCAGCUGCCAGCGCGCGGGGGCCGACCCCCACCACCACUGCACCGUGUUCCACACGCUGGAGAAGAAGGCGCCCGCGCCCACCCUGGCCGACCCCCAGCUGUCGCUCUGGGUGCUGCUGGCCGUGCUGCUGGUCUGCUUAGUGGCCGUGCUGGCCUUCGUCUGCCUGCAGUUCUGGUGCGUGCGCUCCCACGAGCCGCGCUGGGCUUACCGGGCGGGCCGCCUGGAGGAGGCCAACGGGCUGGUGCGCUGGCCCGAGGAGGUGCCCGCGCUGGGCCUGCGGGAGGAAGACAUCGCCCAGGAGCUGGCGCUGGCCGAGCUGGGGCUGCAGGAUCCCCGCCCGGUGCCCGGGCCCGGCGUCUUGGCCAUGCAACUGGGGCGAGGGGCUCACCGGGGCCGCCGGGAACGGGGCGCCCGGGGGCUGCCGGGGGCGGCCCCACCGCGCGCGCGCAUGCUCCCCGCUCUGGCUGAGCCUCUGUAA